AUGGAAACAAUCAAGUAUUUUAAUAAGGUGAAUAAUCCCGCACUUACCACAUCACAAUUACGACCGAUAACACUAUUACCCGUAUUGAGCAAACUAUAUGAACAUUUAUUUCUACUUAAAUUUAAGAAAUGGCUCGAACAACAAAACAUUUUACCACCGCAGCAAGCAGGAGCCCGAAAACAUCUGUCCACAUCGUCGAGAGAAAAUCUUCUGAUUGAACAGAUAACACAAUCGUUGCGUUACAAUUCAUUUACACCAGUCAUCUAUGUUGAUUUUAAACCAGCCUUUGAUAUGGUAUGGCAACAAGGCUUGAUAUUAAAAUUGUAUAACUUAGAGUGUCCAUAUGCAUACCUUCUGUGGAUCACGAGAUAUUUUCAAGACAACUAUUAUCAUUGA